AUGUAUCUACCACCCCUCCUCACCGUCGCCCUAACCCUCGUGCUCUCAACAACAUCCGCCCUCGAGACCCGCGAGAUCCUCGCACCCCGCAACUGGGACUUCCGCCUCCUCGGCCCGGGAUGUAACCCCAACGUGUCGAAUAUCGACAUCUCGGUUUUCCACCGGUCGGGGCUCUACGGGCGAGACUGCGAGGCUCUCGAUACGAGACUCUACAACACGACGAGUGUGAAGAGUGUUUCGUGGAAGAGCCCGAGCGCCGGGGCGGAUCGGUAUGAUUUGUUGUGGGAGUGA